AUGGCCUCGCCGGCGCUAGGGUUCUCGUGGAUUCGUCGCCAGUCUAGCAUCAACGACCCAUGGGUGCUGUCUUCCUCCACACCCGCAGCUCACAGGGAACCUAUACGCUCUUUUGUGUCCGGCAGCGUUCGAGAUACUCCAGCGCCUAUUGAUAGUGCUCAGUAUGCUGCCAGCGUUCGUGAAGACACGGCGGAGCUUGCUUCCUACUUCCUGUCGGACAAGAAAAGUCCUCGGAACUCCGACUUCUUGACUCGCCCGAGAAGGGGAUCUUCGUUACGUGGACCCCAGUCGGAUGAUGAGGACGACACCGACCAUGCUGGCGGGUCGUCGGACACCAUACUCGAAGUAUCCGAGCCCCCCUCCCCUGAUGAGGAUGACGACGUCGAGCAGCAGGAUGAUGGACCUUCGAUGCUUGCGAAUAUGCUUCGAAGGUCGCCGCCUGAAAGCUAUCAGGACCACCUUGCACCACAGCCUGGGACAGAUCAGCAGUCCUCCAGGCAGGCCAGGUCUUCAGCAGCCUUCGAAGGGUGGUCUGGAACAAGCAGGACAGGCCAACCCGAGAAUGGCGCUUUGUGGGCUGCCGAUCCAGAGACUGAGCCUGACCAAGCUGUUGAGACAACGCCGUUGUUGAGACACAAAUCACAAGCCAGCUCACACCACCGAAAUGGUCACGGCCGCGCAGAUGCCGGCGACGUGGAUGUUGAGGGCCAGAAACCACCAAGACCCAGGAGCUGGCUGGCCGAGAGAGCAAGUCACCUCCGGGGCCUGGCCACGAAGGCGAGUAAUCCCAAGGUGUGGAAUGGCAAGGCGCUGGUGCACACGCUCCUGCUCGAUCCGGCCAAGACCCUCCCAGCUGUCUUUGUGGGCCUCAUUUUGAAUAUCCUGGACGCCUUGUCGUACGGCAUGAUCCUCUUCCCCCUUGGGAAUCCCAUCUUCGCAAAUCUCGGUCCGGCCGGGAUCUCCGUCUUUUACGUGAGCACCAUUGUAUCUCAGGUGGUCUUCUCCACGGGCAGCAUAUUCAAAGGAGGCGUGGGCUCUGAGCUCAUCGAGGUCGUUCCAUUUUUCCACAGCAUGGCCGCGACGGUCACAUCCCUGGUGGGCGAGGACAAUCCAGACGCCGUGAUCGCAACGACGAUCUUCUGCUUCUGCCUCAGCUCUCUGAUGACAGGCGCUGUCUUCUUUACGAUGGGCGCCCUGAAAUUCGGGUACCUGGUUGGCUUCAUUCCGCGUCACAUCCUCAUCGGCUGCAUAGGAGGCGUGGGCUGGUUCCUCGUGCAGACUGGCUUUGAGGUGUCUGCGAGGCUGGAGGGAAGCUUCCACUACGACGUCGAGACCCUCCGCCUGCUCUUCCGACCUGGCACGGUACCUCUAUGGACCAUCCCCCUUGGUCUUGCUAUCGUCCUCUUCGUGCUCACGCAGUCGGACAAGCUCAAGGACAAUCACUACGUCCUGCCUACCUUUAUCUGCCUGGAACCCGCCAUCUUUUGGUUUUUUGUCCUGGUGCUUGAUUCGCUACAACCAGAGCCGCUGCGCGAGACUGGCUGGAUUUUUGAAGCGCCACCUGCUGGAGAGACCUGGUGGUAUUUUUACACCUUGUUUAAAUUCAACCUCAUCAGCUGGGAGGCAGUUGCCGAAUGUGUGCCUGCAAUGUUUGCUCUGACUUUCUUCGGAGUUCUUCACGUUCCGAUCAACGUCCCAGCGCUUGCCCUUCAGACUGGCGAAGACCACGCGAACCUCGACCGCGAGCUGAAGCUGCACGGUCUGUCCAACUUCCUCUCGGGCUGCGCGGGUAGCAUUCAAAACUAUCUCGUCUACGCCAACAGUCAAUUCUUCAUCAAGUCGGGCGGCAACAGCCGGCUGGCAGGCUAUCUCCUGGCAGCCGCAACAGGCGUCGUCAUGGUCAUCGGUCCUGUCAUCAUCGGGUUCAUACCAGUUAUGAUGGUUGGAACGCUGAUCUUCGUGCUUGGCUUCGAGCUGUUGAUGAACGCGCUAUGGGAUCCGAGGAAGAAGUUGAACUGGCUCGAGUACCUGACGGUCGUGAUUAUUGUGCUCGUCAUGGGCAUGUACGACUUUGUGGUGGGGAUCGGCGUGGGUGUGAUGCUCGCAUUCGUGUCACUGAUCUUCCAGGCAUCGAGGGUAUCUGCGAUCCGAGCCACCUACUCGGGCGAGGUCGUCGGGUCCACCGUCAGGAGGAAUCCGUCUCAGCAGCACUACCUUCAGAAGGUUGGCAACCAAGUCUGCCUGAUUAAGCUGUCUGGCUUCCUCUUUUUCGGGACCAUCGUCAGCGUCGAGGAGAAGAUUCGCCAGCUCAUCGACGACGAUGAGUUUGAGAGGAGACCGAUCAAGUUCCUGAUCCUUGACCUCAGGCACGUUACCGGUCUGGACUACUCGGCUGGCGAGGCUUUCAGCACCGUCAGCCGGCUCCUGGCCGCAAAGCAGGUCGCGCUUGUGCUCAGCGGUGUGGAUACAGAGGGUCCUCUUGGGCGCGAUCUCCUCGCCGUUGGCCUGGGAACGAGCUCCAAAGACACCGAGGUAUUUUUCUGGCCCAACCUCAACAUGGCCCUGGAGAGCUGCGAGAACGAGCUCCUGCGGACGCUGUACGCCAGCCAGGAGGCCCUCAGAGCGGCGUCCCGCAGCGCCGGCACCGGCGCCACGACAAGCCUCGAGGUCCCGGUGGCCAAGAACCUCUGGUCAGGGGAAUUCGCCGACGACCACGGACCGUCGUCCCUCCUGGCGAGCUCGCCUCGCCGCAGCCACCUGCACCAGGCGGCGCGUGAAUCCCUUAACCAGCGGGAGGUGGCGCGGCUCUCGCGGUGGCAGAACUUCAAAGAGCCCCUGCGGCUUAUGCUGCAGAUCUUCCAUGACCUCUCGGAGAAGAACGAAGACUUUUGGGUGCGUGCCAAGGACUACUUCAGGCGGCAGGAGCUCCACCAGGGCGAGAUCCUCUUCCGAGCGGGCGAGGCGGCGACGGGGUUCUACCUUGUGGAGAGUGGGAUCCUUCGCGGUGAGUAUAACCUGCCGCAGGGCUGGUUGUACGAGAGCAUCGCGGCUGGGACAACGUGUGGGGAGCUGCCCUUCUUCAGCGACACACCGCGGACUGCGACGGUCAGUGCAGAGAGGGACUGUGUGGUAUGGCUGAUGGAUCGCGAGGGGUGGGACGCAUUGCAGAAGAAGGAGCCCGAGGUGGCGCAGGAGCUGCUGAGGAUCUCGCUGAAGCUGACGAGCGAGCGCAUGAGCGCCAUUACGAGUUAUGUGUUGACCAUGGCGACUUGAGAAGAAUGGACAGAUUGAAGUACUGCAGAGUCCCCCCCCCCCCCCGGGAGGGGGCUGGAACAUGUGUCCAUUUGUAUUUCAGGCAGGCGAUUGCGCAAGUCAAUUGAGAAUGUUGGACUGAGCGAUUGCACACUACUUCUUUAUUCUUUCUUUCCCCCUUCAUGGCAUUUGGCUAUUCAAACAGCGGAUUUACAUAUUAAUUAGAGUAUUGUACGGAUCUCGGGAUCACGAUAGGGACUUGCAUGUAUGUAUGCGUGUCACCGAAAAAGAUUGCAAGGCGUCUUGACAGGGAAAGAAAGAAGGGAAAACAAAGUCAUGAGACUGACUGCUG